AUGAGACUUGCGGAUUCCCAGAGGACAAUGAGACUACAGGAGCCGGAGCGAGCCAAAGCGCAGCGCAAGAUUCUCAAACCGCUGAUGGAGAAACGGCGCAGGGACAGAAUCAACGUGAGCCUGAGCCGCCUCCAGAGCCUCGUGCUUCCAGCGCAGGACGGCACAGCGCGCAGAGUGGAGAAGGCGGAGAUUCUGGAGCACACAGUCCAGUUCCUGACGGACCAGAGCAUUGGGCCCCCGCAGGGCUCCCAGGGGCCCCCGGAGCAGCUUUAUCUCUCAUUUCAGGACGGCUUUUCGACCUGUCUGCACAGAGCCGCUCGUUUUCUGGAGUCUGGAGAGAAGACCCAGUGGCUGACCCCGACUUUGGACGCUGCGCUGUCGCGGCGGGGGAUGGAUCCAUGCUCUGUUUCCAUCCGUCUGAAGAAGACUCCACAUAGUGCGCUCCGGGAGCUGACGCAGAGGCGCACAAUCAGCGUGAGCGCAAUAACGAACAGUUAUCAGUCCCAGAAAAGCGCACCACGACCCCCGGCCCAAAGUGCGGAGUGUGGACAGAGCACGAAGCCGAGCCUCGGGCCGCAGAGCCUGUGGAGGCCGUGGCCCUGA